AUGGACUCCUCCGCUCCGUCGUUCGAUCAGGCGUCCGCUGUAAAACGUCUCCCCGGCGCCGUCCCCAGGCCCCCAUCUGAUUCCUUCCGCGUGGUCAAGACUCUCUCAGCGCCGAGAUCUUCCGCGGGAGUGUACCUUUGUCUACCACGCGUACUUCCCCCUCCAUUCGAGCCGUCAGAUAAGAUUGAUCCGGAUAUUUCCGAUGACACCAUCGAAAACCACGACGCUUGGAAGACCUUAUCUGGUUUUGCGCGCCUCCAACAGCAACUGCCGUUGCUCACAUACAAGAACCUGGGCGACGUCCUGUACAAGAGCAUGCAGGAAAACCGCACAUCUUCGCUCUCGGAACAACAUCUGAGAAUGCUGCCCCAGUUGGUGGUAGUUAAGACAAGGAAAGACACGGACGUGCUUCGCAACGAGGCAACGCAGUUCGAGGAGCACCGUAAGAGGGACAAAGCUUCGCUAUUCAUCGGUUCAUAUGUCCUACGCGCUGAGUACGCCGACUCGUCACCCACCUCGUACAAUUGUCUCCGCCCUAUUUUCGGUCCCACGCUGGCGCAGUUCGGCGAAGCGAAUAUUAAGAAUGAUCAUGGCGGCAUUCCCAGCUGGUUCGUUGCGCAUAUCAUUCUGGGCCUGAUCGAUGCUGUAUGCUUCCUACACGAGGAGGGUUUGGUACACGGGAAGAUUGAGGCAUCGAACAUCAUGCUCAACCUGUACCCUACGGUGCAUCACCAUCGGUACCGCGGCUAUCCAGACAUCCUGCUCAUAGACUUCUCAGCCACCGGUCCAAGUAAUGAAGACGCAAUAAAAAAGGACGAGCGUGAUAUGCUCAAGGUCAUAGAGCAAACCAUCACCAGAUGGAGCGAUGUCGCCCCCUUCCUGGACAACGAUGACGUCGGAGACCCUCUCAUCGCUCUAUUAGCUGCCGUGGAGAUGACCCUCAGUGGACAUUUCGAUGGGUACCACAGUAUCUCCGACCUCCGUGACGGAGCUGAGGACUUGCGACACGAAGGUCCACAUGUCAUGCCAAGGGUUCUGAUGAAAUUGCUGCAUGCCGACCUGGCGACGGCUGCUGAACUCGACCGCGCUGUACAAGAGCCAGCUGUGAUUGAGGUAGCAGCCGACAAAGAAGCGUUUGGAGAACUUUCGGAGGACGAUUCUGUGACCGUGGGUGGAAGCGACUAUGGGGGUGUGAAUCCUGAAACCAUGGGUGACAAGAUGAGGAUCAUUAAAGACGGAGAUGUGAAGUUUGGCGAGGAUGAAGAAUGGGCGCGUAGCGGCUGA